UUUUUACUUCCUCGUAUACGAAAAAUCGAAAUUGAGAUUUUCACAAAUCGAUAUUUUCAGAAAUCUCGACGUUUUACCGCUCUCUGAGUUGGAAAUACAUAGUUUUGCAAUUUUGUAGCCGACGUAAUUCUGCCCAGCGUUCAGCGCUGCCAUUGAACGAACUGUGACGACUUACUGGAGGCAACACGAUGUAGCGAGGGCGACCCAUGAAACUAACUGCCGCACGACCUCUCAAACUCACCAUUAACAACCGUCUCCGUAGGAUAAGUGACAUUGACCCCAACUACUAUAGCAGGCUUGAUACAGGUACAGCAGACAAAACGCGGGUCAAGGCUUGCCGGCCGUCAAACCACUGCCCUCCCCCAGGGGUCGCUGAUAAGACGCCAUAUUGGUUAGGUCUAGCCGGGCUUUUCUCCGCUGCGGCCCUUCUCGCUCUCAGGGAACUUGCUGGUUCCAAGAGUGUCCAGGUAUCGGCUGACACCUGGCAACAGAUCUACGAUCGUCUGCUGGCCGCCUGUUCUCAACUUGUCAGUGGCCGCAGACAAGCAGAAAAACAAACGUCUGAAGCAGACGUUGGGUCCAUGCCCAGACAAAGUCUGGCUUGGUCGGGGCUCAUCAGCGGGCAGCGCGCCAAGAUUGGCUCCAGCCUCGAGCAGAAUGACGCGAGUCCAUUCAUUGGUACCAGGCCGCCCACUCCCCUCCACUCUUUGUUGAUUUCGGCCGAGCUGUGCUCGUGCUAGAGGCCACCGAAGUCCAGGCGAGCUGGCCAAACACUGUGUGGAUGUGAAUCGCUUGAUGUGAGAUUGAUGUGAAUCUGGUUUGUAUCGUCCUGUUCAAACAUUUGAUUGCAAUAUUUCCAACACCAGUAUGUCUAAGGUAGAAAUCUCUCGAGUCUUGUAUUGCAGUGAGGGGGCGGGAUUAAGUGUUGUCUCCUGCCCUUUGAUACGCCGCUCUAGGCAGGACAAAAAUAGCUUGAGGUCGUCCUUGACUCUGGAUGACAUCAGUUUCUGGCCCCUUGCCCGGGCGCCGUGUGUGUCGAGAGACAAUACGAGUCUGCCCUACCUGUGCCCCGCCCUCUCGCUGCCCCAGCAAAACGUCAACAACGGUGCCCUCCAAUCCCGGGGGAGCAGACAUGGGUGCCCCAGACCCCAUCGACAUGCGGGCAACAAGGGCACAGCCCUCCCGCCGGCGAGGCCCCCCGGUUCAAUGCUACACUUGACAAGCCCAACACUACAAGUGCAGUCGGUAAAAAGCCCAUUAAAAGCAGUACUACAAGUGUCAAGUUCAGCUAAAUCAGUACUACCAGUAGCAAGUUCAGCUAAAUCAGUACUACCCGUAGCAAGUUCAGCUAAAUCAGUACCACCCGUAGCAAGUUCAGCUAAAUCAGUACCACCCGUAGCAAGUUCAGCUAAAUCAGUACUACCAGUAGCAAGUUCAGCUAAAUCAGUACUACCAGUAGCAAGUUCAGCUAAAUCAGUACUACCCGUAGCAAGUUCAGCUAAAUCAGUACUACCAGUAGCAAGUUCAGCUAAAUCAGUACUACCAGUAGCAAGUUCAGCUAAAUCAGUGCUAACACUGGCAAGUUCAGCUAAAUCAGAACUACCAGUGUCAAGCUCUACCAAAUCGGUACUAACACUGGCAAGUUGUACUAAAUCAGUGCUACAAGAACCAGACCACUCAUGGCCAAUGCUUCCAUUAGCGGGUACUUCAGGGCUGAAGCCAUUAGCCUCAAAGGCAACAAGAGCUAAGGCGACGCGAGCUCUGGCUAGACCCAACAUCACGGGAAAAACUGCAGCGACAGGUACUGCAGGGCUGCCUGUGGCAGGUACUGCAGGGCUCCCUGUGACGCGUACUACAUGGCUGACGGUGACAGGUACUACAGGGCUCCCUGUGGCAGGUACCGCAGUGCUCCCUGUGACAGGUACUACAGGGCUGCCUGUGACAGGUACUACAGGGCUGCCUGUGGCAGGUACUACAGGGCUGCCUGUGACAGGUACUUCAGGGCUGCCUGUGACAGGUACUACAGGGCUGCCUGUGGCAGGUACUACAGGGCUGCCCGUGGCAGGUACUGCAGGGCUUGAACUAGAUACAGGACAGACGCCGAUGUUGGCCAGACACCCGAGGAAGCAACACAAAAGUUCGGCGUCCAAGCGAAGACAUUCAGAAUCUCUCAGCGGUCAGGCCUUUAGUGGUCAGGUCAAAAAAUGGCCAACGUUAGCUGGAAAUAGAUCCAAUUGUUCUAGAAACUCGGCUAAUAAACGUAAGAUAAAGAAGAAAUUGACGUCAUCAUACCAUAGAAUUGGCUCCAGGUUCAAACAAUCACGCAAGGUCAACAGGAAGACAAAAGGAAAUCACUCCGCGCCAAACCUUCAGAACGAGGCGUCCAAGAUGGCGCCAUUGAAGGUCACCCAGCGCUACACAUUUCCAAUCAGUUUCACCAAACGUGUUAUGCCAUUCAAGUUCUGUCAAGAUCUGGCUCGCAGGUGCAAAAACCGUUUGAAAACAAUGAUGACAUAUAGCUCCGCCCACAGUGGUGCUCUGGUGGACGACGAGAUGUCCGACCCCCCGGGCGAGGACUGGGGCGACUCGCUCAGUCAGGACACGGCAUCCACCGAGGAGGUCAGCGAUGAGGAGAGUUAUUUGUACGCCAAAUGGGCGGAGCUAAAAACUCUGAAACCUGAUCAUCUGAAGCAAAAGAUGAAGAUCAUGCAACCCUCACUUGCAGGAACAGCCAGGGGAGGAAAGUCUAACACAAGGGACAAGAAAAGAAGAGCGCGCAAAUGAAAGUGGCCAGGUUUAUUUACAUCAGACAUGUUUUCCAGUGUCAA